UUGGCUAGAGGUUUUUAUUAACUAUUUUAAAGCGUCCGUGCUUAAAGACAGAAUUUAGCGAUAACCAUUGAUGGUAACACAUUUUACCCUCUUUACACUUUGCUAUAAGACUAUACAAGAUGGUUGCCAAAAAAGUGAAAAGGAAAUAUGGAAUUAAUUUCGCAGUUCACCACAUUCUCGACCCCAGAGUUCUUUGAGAUAAACCUAGGUUUUAAUCUCAAAGAGCUCUGGGGACUAGAAUAAGUUGACCAUAUACACAUUACAAAACUUGAGAAAGCUACUCAAUUAUACUAUUAUAGACGUAAUAUAAUACAACCUAGGAAGAGGCGCAACCUACCUAUUAGCAUUCUAAAGUGAGUAGCAAGGCUUAUGUUAUGUAUAAAAUUAUUUUGCAGUAAAAGCGAAAUCACAGCAUGUCCUUAUGCACUUCAUUAACCAUGUUUUGAGAGAAUUGCUAAGCAAGAAAAACAUGUGGUUGUAAGAUUUAAAGAAAUGUCAGUUUUCUACCUUUUUAUUAUCCUGUUUGGUGGUGUAACCGUCUAUUCUGAUUUUAUUCAGCAUAACUUAUUAUUCCGAAAAGAUAUACUUUUAGCAGAUCUUUAUGCUAGCAGUAAACUUGAAGGAUGCCCUCUGGUAACUAGAAAUGUGGCAGAAACAAUCCAUCUCAUUGCUGAAUGCGAUGAAGGUGCUUCAUUUGCACAAUUUAUUAAUGAAGCAGAUGACGAAGAAAAAUCCGAAAGUUCAGCAGCCAGGCGUUCAAUUCCAUCAUCUAUUGGCUUGAAUCUCAAAAAGCUGACAAAAGGUAUACUGGAUGAAGAAAAUUUGAACUUCAAACAACUUAGUUACUCCAGGAAGACAUUCAAAUUUAGUGGAUCAGCCCUCAAUACCAUUCAUUUUGCUGAUGGAAAUGUUGCUGUAUCUGAUAUCAAAAUAAAAAACUUAGAAUUUCAGCAAGGAGAGAAAGAAUUUUCUAAAGUACAGUUACUUAUGGUUGGUGUGAUUGAAAUCAAUGGUGAUCAGGUUCCAAUCGAAUUGGAAAAGAAAUUGGGAAAGAGUGCAUUUGAUGUAAAAAUUACUGAUGUAAGCAGUGUUACAAUUGAGGAAUUAGCUUCAACGUUUAAAGCCAGUGUAGAAAAUAUUGAGUUGUUGAAAAAGAAAAAGAUAUUUAAAGUUGAUGAAAUAAAAAGCAUAUCAUUUUCGAAUCCGACAGUCAUUGGAAAGCUGACAAGUGAAGGAGUAAUGCAGAUUGUUGCCAAUGCAGAUGCUGUUGAUGAAAAUUUAGCCUUUGGACGUGAAAACUUAUUUGUAGUUAUCAAUAAAAAGCGUGGAGAGAAUCCAAAGCUUGCUUUGGUUUUUAAUAUAGGAAAAGGAAAAUCAAUGGACGAUGUUUUCACAUCAAUGACUUAUGGUGGAAAAUAUAAAUCUUCAUUUCCAAUUGUGGGGAAAAUAGGUUCACUAGAGUGGGCACUAAGUUUAUCUGAGGGUGAUGACAUUACCCUGGCUGCUCCUGAGCCAAUGCUAUUACCAAUUGGAUUGACUGCUAGGAUGGAAAUACCAAAGGCUGAUUUUAAAGUGAUUUGCAAAGACACUAGUCCAGGUAUACCUGCCUUUAUAUCUAUUGAACUUCAAGUGAAAGCAGAAGGGAAAUAUCUGUAUAAAAUGACAAAUGGAUUGGAUCCAAAGAUUGAAAACUUUUUAAACUGCAUCUCAUCAGAUAAAAAGACCGAUGUAAUUCUUCCUGAUGAAAUUUUUUCCUCAACUUCAAAAAUCAACAUUUCACAUUUUUAUUACGAUCCAAAAACAUCUGGUUAUGAUCUAAGGAUGUCUGUGCAAAAAGACUAUAGUUUCUUUGCUGGUGCUUUGGAAUUCAAAGAAUUUGACGUUCGUAUUGUAAAAGGAGAAAAAGAAUGGUCUGUAACUUCAAAGUCAUCAAUAAACAAGAAAUCUGGCCAAGACUUUGACAUUUCUUUAGAAGUAUAUCAAAAUAAUAAAGUGGAUAAAACCAUCAAAGCCACAAUUCAAAAUUUGAAUUUGCAAGAGAUGUUAUUGACACUUGGGUUCUCUAAAGAUGAAUUUCAGCUUUCAAAUUCUUUUCCUGAAUUGGCUAGUUUUGGAUCAGAUGAGAUAGUGGUUACAGAAGAGAAAAGUGGCUAUAGAAUUUCUGGUGUCCCUUUCCUGUUUGGGUCCAAUCUGCAAUUAGCAGGUGUGGCAUGGAAACCAGAAACAAAUGUGUACGUAACCAAACUGUUGAAUAAGAAUAAAAAUCGUGAAAAGGAAAAGGAAAAAGAAAAAAGUAGUCUAAGUAACCCCAUUAAAGCUUUUUUAAAGGAGAGCAAAGAAGGGUUGGGUAAUAUAAGAUCACAAGAUGAUAGAGAACUGUCAGACAGUAAGGUUUUUCAUGAUGGCAAGGAGACUUCUGAUAUUAAGUUGGCACAAGAUUUUAAAAAAUUACCAGACACUAAAGCGACACAGAAUAGCAAAACAUUAUCAGACAAUAAAGUAGAUCAAGAAUUUCAAAAUGAUUUAUUUUCAUUUGAUCUUGUGGGAUCUUCAAAUUUACAAAAAGUAAACAAAGCGAAGGAAACUGCUGUGCCAUUGACAAAUAAAACAGAAGAUCAUCUUAAAUCAUUGAAGAAGACAGCAAAAGGCAAAGAUGAUAGUGACUCGCAUUUCUUUUUUCGGCCGUCGUUUUUAAAUCUGUCUGAUGAUCAUAACACUACAGACUUGUCAAAAGGCGAUGAACUUGGCGAUUAUGACUAUAUUGAAGACACAUCAUCUGGUAUGUCUAGUACAGAGGAUCACAGUUCCAAGCUGAAAACAAAAACAAACAAUACUGAAGAUGCUUCAGUAGAGAAAGUAAAUGUUGGAUCAAUCACAAAGGAAUUUGAAAAACAAUCAGCACUCAACAUGGACAAGGAUCAAACAGAUUUUGCUGAUGAAGUUGCUAGAUUUAAUAGUGAAGAUGCAAGUUCAUUGACAGACACUCAUAGUACAAACUUGGAAGCAUUAAAUAGUGACAGCUCACCAUUGAAUGUAAACGAAGAAUUAAACAGCAUUUUUAGUAAUCUUAAAAAGUCUCACUUGCGUCACAUUCAUGAUAAUGUUGUGCAUGAAAAAAGAUCCCAUGCCUCACGAAUCAACAGAACAACUGUUCAUAAAGCGCAUGAAAGAGGUAGAAGAAAUGCCAAAGAUGAUACAAUGGUUGCACCAAAAGAAGAAAAGUACAGCUUAGUUAUUGGUAUUACUGCUGUUAACCAGCGCCUAAGUGAUGUUUUGGAAAAUAUAUAUGGCAAAACCACUAUUUCAGCAUCUUGGCUUCGCAAUAUGGCAGUAGUUAUUCUACUCAGCAAUACCGACAAAGAUCUACCCCUUCAACAAAAAACAAUGCGAAAGGAAAAGACUGAUGAGAAUAAGUCACACCGAAGAUCAGUUAUUGCUACACUAAUGACUACUGUUGAAGACAACACAAAAAGACAAUUUAUCUCCAGAAAUAUCCAAGAAAGUGAAAAUAAAACUGAGAAAGGUGAAAUGAAUGAGUUCGUUCCUGACAACUGGGAUGAAGAAUUUACUAGCACUAAAUUAAUAUUUCCUCCAGAUGACAUGGCAAACAUCAAAAUUCGAAGAGGAGUAAGCAUAUCUUGUUCGAUGAGUAUUCCUGAGAACUGUAAGAAAAACGAAUUGUGUCGCUGGUUGAAAAAACGAAUGACAGAUGAUGCUCGCAUUGUUUUAACUGGAUUUUUGUCACAAACCAAAGUGAAUUUAGCUGCUAAAUUACAUCUUCUGGAGUAUUUUGCUAUUAAUGAUAAUGUGAAAAUAGAAUCUUCUGAACUAAUCGUUGAUUAUGAUGAAGUAAAUACUGUUCGUUCUGGUGUUCGAAUCAUUAUGGAUGUUACUGUAAAGGAUCCAUAUCCAAUAACUAUCAGAGGGCAGUUAUAUGAAUUAUCUAGUGGUAAGCUUCAGAUCACCUCCUUACCCUCAAGUACUGCUACAUUUAGCUUAAACCCAGCUGGUUAUGGUCUAAGGUACAUAGCUUUUGCUGAUGUUCUACUUCGGUCAAGCUUAGAAGGCGACAAAGAUACAUUGGCAUUUGUUGCUAUUAGUACAACCAUCUUCCUUGGGAAAGACAAAACGAACAAGAAGCUAGAUAGUGUUUUGCAAUUAAAAGGCACAUUCUAUUUCGACUCGAGGAAUCCAUCAAAUAAUUAUUUAAUUGGAGAGUUUAAUGGAUUUGAUUUUCAAAAACUCGCAGAUGCCUUUGACUAUGAAAGUGCUAAAGCACAAAAGUUGGUUACAGGUGCAACAUUUCCAAAUGGAGCUAGGCUUACGUUUACGACAAAUGAAGAAGGAUUCAACUUAAAAACAAAUGGAAUACAUAUUGACAGUGGAUUCAAUAUUAUAUCCAACGUUCGUGUUCUGGAAUUCUUUCUUCCAAUAAAUUGUAAGCUAAAAGAUGAAAAAAUAACAUGUUCAAUACAGAUGAUACCCUUGGACAUCAUGUCCGGUCUUGUUCAAGUUCGAUAUUCUAAAACGUCACCGAACAAGGGACCAGUGUUAAAUAUAAUUUUUUCAAGCCUUGAAACUAAUGUAUCGUUAUCAGGAUAUCUGCACACUGUUGGAACUGGGUCCAAUGUGAACAUGUUUUUCCUCUCUGAACACGUGGUGUUUAAUAUUACUGGAAACUUCUACGACAUUUUCUCAAUGGAUUUAUCAUUUAAAGCGAAAUUCUUUGGACAGAUAUUGAAAACAGAAUUUCAGUUUCAAGGUUGUUUGCAGCAGAAAGACAAAACGAUUAUUGAAGGCAACAUUUUGUUCUCAUUAAAUACUUUCUCAGAUAAUGCUGAAAACACUAAAACACAAAGUGAUGCAUUAUUUAAAUCCAUCGAGCUCGCUUACAAAGACGCCAAAAAGCGUGUUGAUACUUGGAAAUCCAACCUGCAGAUAUAUUUGUUUUCGUUGAAAGAAAGAAUUGAAAAGAUGAAAGAUUCGAAGCAGGAGCUGAAGAAAACAUGCGAUAGCGAAUGUGGAGAUGUGUGCGUUCCAUUCUUUGGUUGGAAUGCGCAAUGUUAUAAAAUUUGGGGAAAUUGGGUUGGAUGUCCUGGAUGGGAUAACUGCAAGUGGAAAGUGAAAGACAUCUUAUGUAUUGCACGUUGCGAGGUUGAAAAGAUGGGGAAAAAGAUCGUGUUGUGGGGUGACAGUAUCGGUAUUGACGCUAUCAUUGGUUUAUCAGAAAUGGCCACCUCACUGAUAUCAAUGGCAAAUAAUUAUUUAACGAAUUAUGUCACCUUGCAAGAAUCCACAAAAACGUUACUACAAACUGUUUCUGCAACAUUAAAACCAAUGUUGGAGAUGAGGAACACCAUUACUUACAAAAAUGCUUCCAUCGUGAUGGACAAGAUUUGCACCAGUGGUUAUUUAAAUAAGUACUGGAAAGCUUCAGCAUUUGUCACAGUUCAAGGAACUCUUUUCAAGACACCUGUUCAGUGGAAGGACAACCUCCCAAUCGAUCUGAAUAUUCAUCGACGAAUUUCACAAAAAACAAUAAAUCAACGUUUUCCGCUUCUGUUUGUGGAUGAUGCUAUCACGCAGGAUUUUUCAGGCUCGUUAAAUGAUAUGCAGCAACAACAGAAAGAGUUAGAUUUGCAGAAAAACAUUAUCCAAAAUAAAGUUGAUGACGUGAUUGCUGGAAGGUCCUAUCCAAGAAAAGAUGUGGAGGGUAAAGGUACGCGAACAGUGGUAUCAACAAAGGAAGAUACGUAUUACCGUUCAGUGAUAGAAGAACCCAUCGUGUACGAUCACAUGAAUGCAGAAAGCAUGUUCGCCUAUCGGUCUGCUUCGCCGUGGAAUUUACUUCUGAAUUUCAAUUAUCAAAUGAACAGUGUUCCCUUAUUUUCUGGUAACGUUGAAGAAAGAGAGCAAUUGGCUGAAGUGAGAUCUUUAGACUCGUGUCAACAAAUGCGUCGUGUCGUCGACAAAUACGACAAACUUACGCAAGGGAUGAAACAAUUUGCAAUAUCGUCGGAAUAUCAACGUCAAAUGUAUUUGGCAACGAAAAAGUCUUACUUAAAAGAUUUAACAGACAUUAGAAAAAACAUUAACGAUAUAGAAAACACGAGAAAUCUUUCUGUUGCUGACAUUGAAGAUUUGUUUUUCUGGUACAAUAAAAUUCGUCAUGGCUUGCAAGACUGGAACACCAAAUCCGAGGCGAUUUACAUAGAAGGUCAGAAAAAAGGUUUGACAGCUUUUAAGAAUCAAAUGGAUUAUAUUUUAAAGAAACAGAAAGAAGCGUCGAUUGAAGAAUACGUUAGCAGUCUACAUUCGAAUGGGAUUGAUGCUUAUAAAAGGUCUCACUUACCUAACUUCCCUGCUAUUAAAGGUGGUGUUUACCUUGGUGAAAUUAAAAAGGCAAUCUUGGAUUUGUAUAACGACGGAGAUACGUCACCAGAAAAUUUUAACGAAAAAAUCGCGAAAACAGAAGCGAGAAUUGAUCAGUUAAAAUCUUAUAUGAAUUCAUGUCAACAAGAGCAGCAGUAGAAACUAAUGCAAAGCUGAUGACAUCUUAUGUAGUGACGUCUUAUUAGUGACGUCUUAUAUAGUAGCGUCUUAUGUAGUGACGUCUUAUAUGGUGACGUCUUAUGUAGUGACGUCUUAUGUAGUGACGUCUUAUAUAGUGACGUCUUAUUAGUGACGUCUUAUAUAGUAGCGUCUUAUGUAGUGACGUCUUAUAUGGUGACGUCUUAUGUAGUGACGUCUUAUAUAGUGACGUCUUAUGUAGUGACGUCUUAUAUAGUGACGUCUUAUGUAGUGACGAUGUUAUUACACUCUUCACCAAACGCUCCUGUAUUUGAUGUUUUUGUUUAUAUUUCUUUUGAAAUUAUUUUUCAACAAAUUAUCAUCCU